CUGUCCCAGCGCUCCGUCACCCUCACUGUAAGGAAGGGAGCCGAGAAGGGAGCGACUCCUCCGCGUGAAAGCCGGGGAGGGUCGCGUCGUUUUUCCGCCGCUGCGCACAGGAGUCCCCGUGAGCGUCAUUCACCUCCCGCUGUCUUCAGCGGGAACGAGGCUAAUCCCAUUUGGUGAUUUAUCAGCCCGGGGGAGCAGGCGAGGCGGGCGGCAGAGCUCGGUCCCCGCCCCGCUCGGCAGGCGCUCCGCGGCCGCACGAUGUCCGUGACGGAUCAGGCCUUUGUGACUCUUGCUACUGACGAUGUGUAUUGCCAAGGAGCUCUGGUUCUUGGACAGUCAUUGAGGAACCACACGACAUCUAGAAAACUGGCAAUACUGAUUACACCGGAGGUUUCCAGUGGAAUGAGGUCUGUCCUGCGCAGCGUGUUUGAUGAAGUCACUGAGGUGGAUGCACUUGACAGUGCUGACUCGGUCCGUUUGGCUCUGUUGCAGAGGCCAGAACUGGGUGUAACCUUCACUAAACUUCACUGCUGGACACUUACUCAUUAUAGCAAAUGUGUCUUCAUGGAUGCGGACACCUUGGUGCUUUGCAAUGUUGAUGAAUUGUUUGAUCGUGAAGAGUUUUCAGCAGCUCCUGAUUCUGGCUGGCCUGACUGCUUUAAUAGUGGUGUAUUUGUUUUCCGACCUUCUUUAAAAACUUACAACUUACUGCUUCAGUUUGCUGCUGAACAUGGCAGCUUUGAUGGGGGUGAUCAAGGCUUGUUGAAUAGCUUCUUCAGCAACUGGGCAACAGCAGAUAUUGGCAAACACUUACCAUUCAUCUAUAACUUAAGCAGUAGUGCGGUAUACACCUACAUUCCCGCUUUCAAUCAUUUUGGUAGAGAUACCAAAGUUGUUCACUUCCUGGGAGCGACAAAGCCCUGGAACUACAAAUACAACCUUCAAACAAAGAGAGUUAUGCAAGAUGGCACCACGUCUGGAUCUUUCCAUCAGCUGUCGUUUCUUGCCCUUUGGUGGAACAUAUACAGUGCCAGUAUAUUGCCUUUGUUAGAAAAAUUUCAGAAGAUGGAAGAAUCGGAAUCUGAGGAAUGGAAGCAUACUUUCAAUGGAGUUGAAAUUACACUGAAAAAGGUUGAUCCUUCUGUGGCCAAUUCUUUGCAAAUGCCUGUACUUCCAGAGCAGGCAUAUGAAGCACAUCCCACAGCAUGUUCCUCUGAGGAGCUCAGUUUCAAAGCUCAACCUGUAUAUGAAACUGAACAGCGUGGUUCUAGCAUUCAUCUCUCUGAACCUGACAGACCUUCCAAGCAACUCGCUUCUCAUCCUGCGUUUCAGGAAACCUCUGAGCUGAAUGAGGCUGCAUCUUCUGUUUCGGAGCUCUCUAUUCACCUCAAACCAGAAGAACCAAAUCCAGAUGAUGAACGGAGAAAAUGGGAGGAAGGGCGUAUGGACUAUAUGGGAAAAGAUGCUUUUGAGCAUAUCAAAAAGAAAUUGGACACAUUUUUACUCUAAGAUGAAGUGAACUGUAAUGACUACCAUGAUGUUCUGUAAAUACAACCUUGAGUAUUUGGA